AUGGAAAUGGAGAAUUACUCAGCCGUGACUGAAUUCUUUCUGGCGGGAUUUUCCCAAUACCCAGAGCUCCAGCUUUUUCUGUUCGGGCUCUGCCUCAUCACCUAACUGAUAAUCCUCCUGGGAAAUAGCCUCCUCAUUAUCAUCAGCAUGCUAGAUUCUCACCUCCACACACCCAUGUACUUCUUCCUUGGGAACCUCUCGUUCCUGGACAUUUGUUACACAUCAUCGUCCAUUCCCCCUAUGCUCAUCAUAUUUAGCUCUGGAAGAAAAUCCAUCUCGUUCAUUGGCUGUGCUCUGCAGAUGGUUGUCUCCCUUGGUUUGGGCUCCACCGAGUAUGUCCUCCUGGCUGUGAUGGCCUGUGAUCGGUAUGCGGCCAUCUGCAACCCACUGAGGUACCCCACCAUCAUGAACAGGGUGCUGUAUGUGCACAUGGCUGCAUGGUCCUGGAUCAUAGGCAGUCUGAACUCCUUAGUGCAAACAGUCCUGACAAUGGUGUUGCCUUUUUGUGGGAAUAAUGUCAUAGACCAUCUUACCUGUGAGUUACUGGCCCUUAUUAAACUCAUCUGUUCAGAUAUCACGAUCAUUGUGUUUAUCAUAACAGUGGCAAGUAUUUUCUUCUUAGUGAUUCCCCUACUGUCAAUUUUUAUUUCCUAUGUUUUCAUUCUCUCUACCAUCUUGAGACUUAACUCCACUGAAGGGAGAAAGAAAGCCGAUUCAACCUGUUCGGCCCACCUUGCUGUGGUAAUUUUAUUUUAUGGUUCCACCCUUUUUAUGUACAGGAAGCCCAAGUCAAGGGACACAAAGACAUCUGAUGAGAUCACUGGGCUGUCUUAUGGAGUGGUAACCCCAAUGUUGAACCCCAUCAUCUAUAGCCUGAAGAAUAAGGAGGUGAAAGAGGUUGUGAAAAAAGUCCUGAGUAGACACACACACUCAUGGAAAAUAUAA